UUAAUUCCAAAUCUUUUAAAAAUUUAAAUCCAUGACAUCAGUGGAUUUUGCAGUGCAUAGAGGCGUGGAAUGACUCGCGUAUCCAAAGAAGAAGAAUGGCAGCUGUGUAAUCCGCCCGACUGAAUUAAUUUUGCGUAUAAAUGAAUUACAUAUAUUUUAUCGCAAAUGCUUGGUGUUUAACGUUAAUUUAAACUAAAUAUUGUGAAUAUUUUAACAUGAGUUAUUUAAACAGACUCCAGUUACACUGAUAUGAACAAAAAUUUACGUCGUUAUUUUGAUGCUUUAUGUAAUUUCAACCAAUUUAUUUUGUCUGAGACAAGCACUGCUUUGAUGUAAGCGACUCAUGUGGAAAAAAAAACCACUAUGUGGGUUUUGUCCCCGCUGUUAAGCCAUUCAGUAACUCGCGCCACAAGCGCAUUGUUCCACAAAUGCAAUCUUCCCCUGUCGUUAGUUAUUUUUGGCCUCGGUUCAGCUGGAUUUUUAAAUACACGAUUUGAACGAAACUAAUAAUUUAAUAUUCAGUUACAGUAAACACUGGCGCUCAUUCAAAUUCUAUUUCGCAUUGUUUAGUCCUGGAAAGUUAUCAGGCUUGUAAGAAUUUAUUUUGUGGCGUAAACCUUUAAACGUAUAUCUCUAAAAUCAAGCAACGUAGCCUAUGUCCCAUGUCAUUUUAUUAAAUCUCUUAAGUUUAACAUGAUGAGUAAGCUCAUUUAUGCUAUACAUACAAUAUACAUUAGAUAGCUAUUUAAUAUGCAAUACUGGUUCCUCCAGACAGUUGGCUAAUAGGGGUUUAAAGGAAAUAAAUUAAAAUUCAGUGCAUUUAAUUUGUACUGCACCUCUGUUUUGAAUUGUUAAAAUGUACAAGAUGUUAGGCUGUUUAUUAAUCUAACGUUUAUAUACUGUUUUGGGCCUAUAUUUCUGCUCUGGGUCCAACAAUAUAACAGACACAGCAAAUUCCUAAAAUCUCAAGGUUUUUGCAAAUGCCCAGUGUGUUGGAUAACUAUUGUAGACUGUAUGCAAUUGUGGUUUUGUUUGUUUCAUUGUGUUUUCUACCAAGCCAAGUUCUGGUAAACGGAUAGCAAUUACUGUGAAUGGAAGCGUACGCUGUGCCAAAGUAAAAUUUUACUGCUGCGUAAAAGGUGAUAUCUGCAGAACUAUAACAUCAUGAAUAUGGGCAUGGGCAGUGAGAAGGGCACAGCAGAGCUCCAGUACAGCUCCAGCUUCCAGUCCAACCGCAGCGGGCAGACGGUGACCUACCUGGGCAAGUUUGCCUUUGACACGCCUCCGUCGGGAGGGAUCGGGGGAUCCAGCUGGUGUUCCGAUAACAACAUCAUCAGCCUGGUGAGCGCGGGCAUCUUGGGCGUGUCUCCGUCGCCGGGCACCAUCACCACCCAGACUUCCACGUCCUCCGGAAGCAUGGGCACCCAGUCCUCGGAGCUGGACCAGGUUUAUGGGGGCCCCCUACCCGCGUACUCCACCUGCAGCGACAUGUACCAGGACCAGGUCUCCUUCCACCACAGCCCCGUCGCCACGGCCACCACCCCCCUACCCUACUCGGGCACUGACUAUCACACCACGGCCAAGCCGUCGAUGGACAGCAGCCUCUUCUCCAUGAUUCCCGAUUACAACCUGUUCCACCCCCAGGGUGAGGUGGGUGUGAUGGAGCACAAGCCUUUCCAAACGAUGGACCCCAUCCGUCUCAACCCGCCCCCCAUCACCCCUCUGGAAACCAUCCGGGCUUUCAAAGAUAAGCAGCAGAUCCACCCCAGCUUCAUAGGAGGCCAGCAGCACGCCCCUCAGCACCACCAGCCUACCCAGACUCUGACGCUCAAACCCAUCCGGCCUCGGAAGUACCCGAACCGGCCCAGCAAGACGCCAGUGCACGAGCGGCCACACGCGUGCCCGGCAGAGAACUGCGACCGCCGCUUCUCCCGCUCGGACGAGCUGACGCGCCACCUGCGCAUCCACACAGGCCACAAGCCCUUCCAGUGUCGCAUCUGCAUGCGUUCGUUCAGCCGCAGCGACCACCUGACCACCCACAUCCGUACGCACACGGGCGAGAAGCCCUUCUCCUGCGAGUUCUGCGGCCGCAAGUUCGCCCGCAGCGACGAACGCAAGCGACACGCCAAGGUGCACCUCAAGCAGAAGGACAAGAAGCUGUCCGAGAAGGGGGGUGGGGCCGCCGGGACCCACAGCUCGCCCCCCAACUCUUGUGCUAGUGCGGGGGGAAGCACCGGCAGCAUCAUGACUGUCACGACGUGUGCCUAGGGGCUAGACGUCUCCCGGGACCAGACCGGAACCCGCUUUUGUGUCGGGAAAAAUCUGGGUUCCUCUCUCUUUCUUCCUCUGCCUUUCUGUUUCCAGAAAAUCCGUCGCCUCCAAGUUAAGAUGGACUCCUGUUUUUGUGACGGGGACAGGCCAAGAGGAGUCGACCCACAACAGGGCAGGGAAACCAGGGGUUCUGGUUUCCUGCCUCCCACCAUGAAGCCAGCGGAGGACUCCGGGGUGGGGGGAUUGUUAUGGGUGUGGGUGCAGGGGGACACGCCCCAGUGCCCACGCGCUGCUUCUGCGGGGCACGUUUGGAGCUGCGCUCCGUCCCGCCUGGUUUCGGCAGCUUUCAUUUCAUGUCUCCAGAAAACCCACAAAGAAUCUGGAGUGGGGAGGGCGGGGAGCCAGUAAGGCCAGUUUUGGCAUAAUGGGCAGAUUGUGCGAUUUUGCUUAAAAGCAAACAAACAAACAAAAUAUUUGACAGUGAAGGUGAGCUAGUUUGUAUUCUUUUCUUGUACGGAUGUGUCUCAGUUUCCUUUUUAAAAGUGCAAUGCAUAGUUUAUCCAUUAGCCACUAAACUUUAAAUGUCCUGUCUUUCUGUUCAAACUGCAAGAUUUUUAAUAUGCUUGCCUAAUAACAGAAUGUGCCAAAUUCAGAAUGUAAUGAUGCAGCCAAUAUUAUCAUGAAAUUAUGCCUAGGGAUGACUAAAAAAUCCCAUGGCACAGAAAUGCGUUUACGAUUUGGAUGUAAGCGAUACUUAUGCAUUAUACGCAAAAGGACUCAAAUUAUCAGUCUGUAGCCAUUAUACGUUAAUUUCUCACUAUGUGCGGAGGUCUCGUCUCCUAUUACUGUUCGUACAGCAGUGCCACCUCUGUUCAGUGUUAUUUAAUGCAUUAAGCCUUUGCUCUUCGUGAAUUAUCACAUUAUGCACGUCAAUAAGAAUCUUGCAUUUUCACAGAAGACAAAGAAAGUCUCUCGUAAUCCGCUAUGAAUCGUAACGCGUCAGGACGCAGAAGUAGCUCUGUCGUCUGACGUCCAUGUGGCCAAAUUGUUAUACAUUAGAGAUCCAAAGUAAGUCUUCGUGAAACAGCUGGAUGUGAAUGACAGUGAGCAUGGUCGACACCAGAACAGAACAAAUCUGUGACCGUAAUAUUUAUGAUGCUUGAGUCAUCAUCAUACAAGAAAAAUAUUGUUUGUUUGUUUGUUUCUGCGUUUAUGGGUCUCAUUUCAUUUCUUUUUUUUUUGUUUCCUGGCUCCGUCCACGUGGACCUUACAGCGUCGGUGAUGCUUCUGCACAGCCAGUGUUAAACUGAAAGGCUUCCCUGACACUCGAUAGACUGCAAUCACAUUAAAACAGGCUGAAGCUAUAGCACGUCUACCACUGUAUUGCAAAGUAACGAUGUUUCUGGACACGGGGAGAGCUGAAUUUUAAAACCUUUCGUGUGCAUUACUGUUCAGACAAGCCUGCCAGCUACAUGCCUGCCUACUGAGACCUCGUUCCGAAGAAAACAGUUCAGAUAUUUUCCAUACAACUCCAAGCUAUUAAAGCCUAAACAAGUGAAGCGGUAUUCGUUUCACAAAGCAUUUCCACAGUUACACUUCAUGGGAGGAAUUUUAAAAACCAAGUUGAGGGACUGAGAAUUUUUGUAUAGACAGAAAUAUAGAUAUAUUACUACAACUUUUAUACCCAGAAUGUAACAUGGUUGUCUUCAGUGUUAAACGUUGUGGAUGUGUGAAUAUAUAUACACAUGCAUAUGUAUGUAUGUAUAUAAUUAUACAAACACAACAAACCGAAUGUUUAUAUAACUGAUUUCUUAAAAUGCUUUUAUGACAAAGCAAAAUAUUUGUAAAUAGAGUACAGAAUGUUCUAUGGUAAUGACUGUGUUUGCACAGUGGUCUAAGACCUGGCUCUCUAACACACGGCCAGGCGCACAGCACAGCCGCGUCCGAGUGCGAGCGGGCAGCAUUGAGAUGGUGUCAAACGCGGCGCGUUUUUCUUUUAUUUUUAAAGCAUCAGAUGUUUGCGAAAUGUAAAUACUAAAAGGGAAAGAAAAAAAGGCAACUGGAGAUACUCUGAAUGAAGUGUUCAUAAAAUGAAUAAACAAAAGAAAUAUUUGA